AUGUAACAUAUUCAAAAAAGCAAUUAAGAUGUGCUUGAAUUUCAUAUUACCAAUAAUGCCCAAUUUUAUCAACAAAACAUCAUUUAAGAAAAAAGCACAAAUUGUAAACUACCCCUACCCAAACUGACCACAUUAGAAGAUAUUAAAUUGGUAUCUUCCACUCAGGUCUCUGGAGACGGUCAUAGCAAUUCUGUUUUGAUUAUUUGUUCUGGGUGCUAAAACAAGGUCUAAACUGUGCUUACUCACCAUUCUGGAAUAUCAACUAUAUUCGUAGGAUUCCUUCUUCUCCUCUGUUCUUUUGGAUUUUUUUGUGUGGCUUGCAUUCCUUGUUGUUUAGAUGAUUGCAAAGAUAUAAGACACAAUUGCCCAAAAUGUCAAAGAACUUUAGGGAAAACUUCAUUUAAAAUACUAAAAUGA